GCCCAAUAAGACUGAGUCAUUGCUGACUACCUUCCAUCAAUAUCCACAGCUUCCAUCUUGCUCCUACUGUACUUCUAUCAACGUUUGGAAAAAGCAGAAAAUCACGGACAGUUCAGCAUCAAAUCAAAUGUCGACUCCUGCGAACCCUUCGGUAGGUUGGAUCGGUCUCGGCUCGAUGGGUCUGGCCAUGGCUCUCAACGUCCAAAAGCAUCUCAAAGCCACAGAAUCGCCAGACUUGCACUAUUGGAACCGCACGAUUUCGAAAGGAGACGAGUUGAAAGAGAUAGGGGGCAAGCCUUUUGGCAGUCCCUUGGCAGUGGUCUUGAACAGUGGCGUGGUGUUCAUAUCUGUCAGCGAUGAUCAGACCUUGAAGUCGGUUGUCGACCAGAUAGUAUGUGCUGGUCAACUCCUCACUGGUACCAUCUUUGUAGACACAACCACUAUUCACCCGGAAACCACUAGAGCUGUGUCGAGACGGCUCGAGCAAUUCGGUGCCGUUUACAUCGCCGCACCUGUCUUUGGCUCUACACCUGUCGCCCAAGCCGGUCAGCUUCUCGUUGCUGCUGCCGGUCGCAAAGACGCUGUUAAUAGAAUCGAGCCGUAUCUAACGGGCGUCAUUGCCAGAGGGGUGAUCCGAGUUGGCGAAGAUCCAGCGCAAGCACUUCUUCUCAAGACAACGAGCAAUAUUCUGACGGCAGGCAUGAUGUACCUGAUCUCCGAAGCACACACUCUGGCUGAGAAGUCUGGUCUCCCGUCAUCAGUCCUCGAGUCGCUCAUUGAGCAAAAUCUGGGCACUUAUGCGCAUGGUGUGUCGAAGAGGCUAACAAGUGGUGCUUAUUUACCAGCCGAAGGACAAGCACCGCAGAGUAGCCUGGAACUUGGGAUCAAGGAUGUGCAGCAUGGUGUCGAUUUGGCGAAGAGCAAGGGUAUGAAGCUGGAUGUUGGAGAGGUUUAUGUGACUGCCGCGAACAAGGCAAAAGAAUGGAGUGCGAAUCAGGGGCGGGCGUUGGAUAGCAGCAGUGUCUUCGGUAUCGUGAGGAAGAGGGCUGGCCUGGCCUUUGAGAAUGAGUAUGUGCAAAAGAGAGAUGCACAGAAGAGAAAGAUGAAUGAUGAUGAUCGCAUACGGCUUGCAUAUAGCACGAUCUAAUUUUGUAUAGAUGAUGAAAGUGAAGGUCCAUCACUUCCUCUUUCACUGCGUAUCUGCACUACAUGCGCGUUAGUAUGGGUCGCAGCAUUCUCCUUAAAGUAUCUCGCUUUCCUCUGAUUAAUUUAAAUCAAUACCUCAC